UUAGAAAGAUCAUCUUAGGCGAUCUUUAAAAUGCCAUCGGUAAAUCAGACUUCAUCCUGAAUCCCGCCCUUCCGCAGGCCAUCCGAGCAUGAAAUGCGGUCCCCUAUGUGCAUUAACUUGCCGUGACACCUGUCCGAGCGCCAGUCGCCCGCUGCAUGCCUGGCCCACCAAAGCGUUCUGUCUGGACGGUGUCACUGGAGAAGGCAGAGAGACAUGUCCAGGGCACAGAUCUCAGCUCUGGUGUUUGGCGUUGGAGGGUUUGGAGCUCUCGUCGCGGCCACCACCUCCAAUGAGUGGAAAGUGACCACUCGAGCAUCGUCAGUGAUAACGGCCACUUGGGUUUACCAGGGUCUGUGGAUGAACUGCGCAGGUAACGCGUUGGGUUCUUUCCAUUGCCGACCGCAUUUUACUAUCUUCAAAGUAGAAGGUUAUAUCCAGGCAUGUAGAGGACUUAUGAUUGCUGCUGUCAGUCUGGGCUUUUUUGGUUCCAUAUUUGCCCUGUUUGGAAUGAAGUGUACCAAAGUCGGAGGCUCAGAUAAAGCCAAAGCUAAAAUUGCUUGUUUGGCUGGGAUUGUAUUCAUACUGUCAGGGUUGUGCUCAAUGACCGGUUGUUCCCUGUAUGCAAACAAAAUCACAACGGAAUUCUUUGAUCCUCUCUAUGUUGAGCAGAAGUACGAAUUAGGAGCUGCUCUGUUUAUUGGAUGGGCAGGAGCCUCACUCUGCAUAAUUGGUGGUGUCAUAUUUUGCUUUUCAAUAUCUGACAACAACAAACCUCCCAGAAUGGGAUACGCAUACAAUGGGGCCACGUCUGUCCUGUCUUCUCGGACAAAGUAUCAUGGCGCAGAAGGAGAUUUUAAAACCACAAACCCUUCAAAACAGUUUGAUAAAAAUGCUUACGUCUGAAAAGAGCACUGCUACGAGCUGUCUUGAGUCAUUAUAAAAGUGAACUGUUCACAAAAUAAUGCCCCCUCAAGGCCUUCCUCUAAUUCACACUCAAAACUAUUUUUAAAACAUGAAUUUGGAGAAUUUGCUGAUCGUAUGGAUGUAAAUGUUCUAAUCAUUUUCUGUUGUGGCUUUCUAUAAAAAAAAUAAACAGGUUAUUUACAGGA